CCUUUUUUGGGAUUUUGGAGCUAUGGGGAAGUUGUGGGUUUUGGUGUUGCUGGUGAUGUCGGUGAAGGAAAUCAAAUGAGAGAGUUGCAGGGAUGAUCCGCAAUCAAUGAUGAAACAACAAACAGCAGCAGCAGCACCACCAUUAUCAACCUCUGCAGCAACUCAGCCUGACCCACAUACUUCGACCUUCUGUAAAACCGCAGAGAGUAACAAGGAGAGGGAGCAAAUUCUAGAGUGUCAGAUUUUAGUUUGCUAUUAACUAGCAAAUAUAUCUGCUCACUUCUUUCUUUUAUUCAG